AUGGCUGUGCCGCCUGUUUCCGAAGCCCCGAGUCGUAUUAGGUGGAUCACCCCGCGCUGCCGUGUGCUCGAUGCAUUAAAUCUCGCAUCGGUCGGUAUUCAGCCUCGUGCCCCAGUUUACCAUCGCUGUGUGGCGCAUCAACUCACCCAUCGACAAUUCGCUUUAGAGUGUGCCUACAGGACUCUUUACAAUCGGGGCUCUUGGCGCCAUUUAAGACGCAAGUUGCCCGUACAGCCGUCUUCUACGGCUGCUACAACGGCGGACUUGACCCUGCCUGCAGAAGGCAACCUUACCUUGUCUCAUCCCGCGGAGCCCACCGUCGAGGGGGUCGAGGAGUCGACCGAGAACGAAAACGCCGUGAUUUCUGCCGGCGAUGCGAGCGUCCAUAACUUCUUGCACAAGGUCUCGGAGCAUCUCACGCUUAUCGGUCAAGCACUACCCCGGAACCUGCUCCGGUGGGAAGAGGAAAUCUUGAACACCGUCGGGGAUCGGUCCACCUUCGUGUUUCCGCCUCGAGACACGGCCAGGGAGUAUCUCAAUUGCUACUUCGAACACGCCAAUGUCACAUAUCGCUAUCUUCUCCGCACCGAAACGUUUGCGAUCCUCGAUCGGGUCUAUGACGAUGACGAGGCCGUUUUUGAGCACCCUGCGACCAUAGCCAUCUUGCUUUUCGCCAUGGGCGUUGGGUGCAUUUGGUUGGCAUCCCGCCACAGUCGGCCAUUGACGAAGCAGAAAUCGAAAUCAAAUCACUUGCUGCAAGCAGGCCAGACGUGGCUAGAUAAGACGCUGGGCAAAUUUCCUCCGACCUUGAAUAUGAUUAAAGCCACCGUGCUCAAGUGUCAACUGGAAUGCGCGGCAAGCCGUCACAACAGCGCAUGGAUGACGCUAGGCAUGGCUGUUCGACUCGGCCAAAUCAUCGGCAUCGAGAGAGAAGUCGCUUCGACCGGCCCUUCGGAGCAAUUCUCCCGGAAGGGUGUUUUCUGGGCCAUGUAUAUGCUGGAUCGAUAUCUGUCUGUCUCGCUUGGCCGACCCAUGGCCAUCCGCGAUGAGGACAUCACCAUUGCUUGCCCGACGGACCUCGACCAUGAGACAAUUACCCUGCUUGGACCGCAAGAGACCAAAGUGUGGUUGGGAGUCGUCGCCCAUGCGAGACUCACACGUAUAAUCGGCUGUACUAUCACGCGACUGUACCCAGCAUCCAAGCACCUGUCCGACGAUGCACGCGAUCGAGCUGUCACCGAAUUGGAGCGGGAUUUGCAGGAAUGGGAGAACCAGACCCCAUCGUUCUUCCUUCCUCCAGAGCAAGAACCCUUGGCGGGCUCGCAGCAUGACUUCUAUGCCAUCCCUUGGAUCUUCCAGCGGCAGCAGAAGACCAUCACCGCGGCCUAUCACUUUACAUGCAUCCUGAUGUAUCGUGGUGAUCUUCUCCGGGAAUUCCUCCAUCACGAACCUGGCACGCCGGCCCCAUCGCAGCCCAGCUCCGCGCGAAUUCGCCACUGCGUGAAUCAUGCCAUGGCGAUUGCCCGCAUCGCCGCCAACAUUGCUGACGACAGCACAUACAACGGGGUGUAUUGGACUACUUCUCAUUUUGUCUUCUGUGCCAUUUCCGUGCUCCUGGUGUACCUGGCUUUGUAUCACGCGGCCGAGGACCGUGGCGCGAUCGAAGAGAUGGUGGAGAAGGCGAUGAAGGGCCAUCGAAAGCUGGACAGCAGCUACAACUUUCGCACGCAGCGAUUGCUUGAGGCAGGUCCCCCGCUCCCUCCCUGA